AUGAAUUCAGACCCGCCUGCUUUCGAUCGUAUCGGAUACUACGAGUCAUUCAACUUCGAACGCGAUCGCCUGCGUUUGCCGGCUAAGAAUGCCAAUACCGUCAGGAGCUGCACGCAGAUCCAAAGGGCUUUUGAUGAGAUUGACCCAAAGAUAAGGCCCAAGGGCAAUGGCGAUGCUUACCUGCGCUUCCUUACAACACUGGAAGGAAAGGUGGACAAGGAUUCGCAACAUGAUCGGCAUCCCUAG